GUAUUUAAAAUGUUCAAAGUUAAGUAACUUGAAUACCACAAGAGUCAUCAUAUAAAAAAUACAAAAAAAAAUAAAAAGAUUUAAAAAUAAAAAAAAUGUUAGUAUUAAGCACUGUAAUUUUAACAUUAUUCAGCUUUUCAGAGGCUGUAAUAAACUUUUCUGAUGUCUCUUGUGGUAAACAAACGUUAAGAUUUGGAAAAAUCGUUGGUGGCCGAGACGCCCAAAAACAUGAAUUUCCAUGGAUGGUUUCCAUAACUCGUAGAGGAGGUCAUUUUUGCGGUGGAACUUUAAUUACCAACCAACAUGUUUUAACCGCAGCUCAUUGUCUUUGCACCGGAAUCGGCGAAGACACCAUGCUUCCAGCAACUAUUAAAGCAACAAUAUCUCAGCACGAUUUAACCACCAGCGAUACCGCAGCAUAUGAAGUCGGCGUAAACAGCAUUUCCGUUCAUCCCCAAUAUUCUUGUAAGAAAGCCCGAAAUGAUAUAGCAAUCAUUGAAUUAGCUUCGAAAGUUCAAUGGAGCGAUUCAGCAAAUCCUGCUUGUUUACCUUCGUUUGAAUCAUCGAGGUUACAAGAAACUAUCGCUACGGUUGCCGGAUGGGGUUGGACGAAAGAACAUGGGCGUAAAGCGACUACUCUUCAAAAAGCUAACGUGAACAUCGUAGAUAAGGAAACUUGCCAAUCUUGGUAUGCUUCUCAAGGAAAGAAAACUAAAAUUCAAAGUGGACAAAUUUGUGCUGGGUAUGAACAAGGAGGAAUUGAUUCAUGUUGGAAUAAAGAUCAAGAAAUAACAUUAGAAACGAAUUGGCACAGAAUAGACAUAUUAGCGACCUCUGAAAAAUAGUAAAAUAGUACCGUCAGGGAUUGUGACCAUAAAAAAUUCAAAACUAGAAUCAACAACAUAAAUAACAUCAAUGAAAGACUCCUGCAGGCAUUGAUCUGUUUCCAAGAAAGUAAAACAAUACAUCUUAUCAGUAUUUAUGUGGCAGAUACCAAUUAAUCAAAGGAAAAGAUGGACACAUUCUAAUACUGAAUGGAACAAUGAUGCAGAAAAUAGCUCAAAAAAUAGCAUGGAUGACUUAUCUGGAAAAGAUGCAGGAAUAAAGAGGAGUGAAGGUUGUAGAAUGGACACCCGAAGGACAGACCGGUAGAAGAAGACCAAAGAAACGAUGGAAGAAUUACGUCAUACUCACUACAGUAUUGGAAACAGAAGACAUAAAAGCAGUUCUUGUUGACACAUUUAGACAUAAAUCCUAAAUCCAAAAGUAAAAGUGUUAAAAGAGACCUUACAUCUCAGAAACAAUCCACCCGAUAUUCGGUAUUAUGCACCAUGAUUUGAUAAUCUUUGAUAUGUUAGAUGUAUUAUGUCCUGUAUUAUGUAUUAUGUCCGUUACAAAACCAACUCUCUCUCUUCUCAAGAGACUUAUCCUCAUGUUUUUAACUAAUCGGGGUUCUCGUAAAUCUGAUAAGGAUUUCUUCUCCUUUCUGAGGACCUUAC